AUGACAUCGCAAAGGCGUCUAAUAUCUCGAUUGGUUAAGAGAAAUAUCAAACCAUCUAAUGUGCCUACUAUUUCUAUUGAAAAUGUAGCAGAAGAGAUAAUUGGAACCGAUUAUAACAAAAUAGAAAGUUUCCACCAUUAUUUCAAUAACGAUAAUAAUAUUCACAGACAACAUGAUCAUCAUUUUUUAAAAAAACAUUUAUUUCAAUGCGAAAUUUCUUGUCCUAUUCAGGAUGAGUUAAUUAAAGGAAAAGAUUGUAAAAUUAUAGACCUUGGGUGCGGACCUUCUACUUUUUUGUUAGAUCUUUCUGCACAGCAUCCAAAUAGUAGAUUCUUCGGUGUUGAUAUUGAAACAACUUUUCCAAGUGAGAUCAAGCCUAAAAAUUUGGAAUUUAAGUUAGUAGAUAUUAUUCAAGGACUACCAUUUCCUGAUAAUGCAUUUGACCUUGUACAUAUUGAAUCAACAUUAUUCACUAUUCCGUCAGUCCAUGUAAAUUUCAUUAUUAGUGAAAUGAUAAGAAUAUGUAAACCAAAUGGUUAUAUUGAAUUUUGUGAAUCCAUUUACAAUCAAAAAUCUAGAGGCAUAGGUGAAAAAUUUGGAAAACUUUUACAUGGAUUCGAAUUGGUAUCAAAUCUAUAUGAAACAGAUAUGCAUAUAGCGUUAAAUUUACCCAAGAUGUUAAGCAUGAUACCGAAUAUUAAAAAUAUAAAUCUCGAGGAUCAAACUAUAAUUGUAGGCAAGAAUGGCGGAAAAGUAGGCGUAAUAAUGCAUGAUAUACUCACUUGGUUUAAAAAUUCAAGUGAAUUUUUUGUUAAUGAUAUUUGCAAGCAAUUAAAUUUAACGAAGGAGCAGUACGAUCAAUUAAUAGUGGAUGCUUUUAAUGAAUUAAAUGUUACUUUUUCUGAAAUGAUUUUUCGCAGGAUUUACGUCCAAAAAUCAGGUUGUUAG